AUGUGCGGUAUUUUCUUCUCUUUGAGCGCAUCACAGCAUGUGUAUCCCACAGAGAAGACAGUCGCCUGGCUGCAAAACCGAGGACCUGAUAACUAUCAGACUCACCAAGUGCAGCUAAACUGUCCUGCUGAUCCGCAAGGUGUAGGCGAAUUAGCAACCACGACGGUUUAUUUAACAUUUAUCUCGACAGUUCUCGGACUACGAGGCGACCAUGUCACGUCUCAACCACUUGUUGAUGCCGACAGCCGAUCAGUGCUGUGCUGGAAUGGCGAGGCAUGGAAAGUCCGCGGUGAGACUGUGGAAGGAAAUGACACCGAGUUGGUCUUUCGAAGACUCAUUGAGGCUUCCAAACUCAGAAAUGGAGAUAAUGAAUCGGAAGUAGAUCAAGCAACUAAAACUAUUGUCAGACUAACAAACAUCAUCAACAAUAUCACAGGUCCUUUCUCCUUCGUUUUCUACGAUGGCUUCCACGGAAGGAUUUUUUUUGGCCGUGAUUGUCUCGGGAGGAGAUCUCUACUUCAUAGCCGUGAUGAAAUAGGAACUCUCAAGAUUUGUAGCACGUGUGAUGGAACGCCGUCGGUGCCAUUCGAGGAGGUUGAGACUGACGGCAUAUACACGAUUGAUCUUUCACGCCUUUCUCUACAAACCCAUCCGACUGAUAGCUCUACACUUUCAUAUCAAGUGGAAGUGAUACCAUGGUCAAGCGAAGCAAACCCUACUUCAUCACUGAAAAACCCCAUCCCGCCUAUGAACCAAGCUCUCCCAUCGUCGCAACCACCUGCCCUCAGAAUAUCAUCCCCCUGCGUCGAGCGACUAGAAUACGAGCUUCGUCGGUCCCUCGACACCCGUAUCCGCAACGUGCCACGUCUAGGAGUUGGAUCGAACACCAAAAUCGCAGUUCUUUUCUCAGGCGGACUCGACUGCACAAUCCUAGCCAGGCUCGCUCACGACAUCCUCCCACUUGACCAACCAAUCGAUCUUCUCAACGUCAGCUUUGAGAACCCUCGUGUCGCCGCCGCCUUAAAAGCGAAGAGCGAAAAGGACAACACACAUAUGGGAUCCAUAUACGAAAGCUGUCCUGAUCGAAUAACCGGUCGGGCUGGGUAUGGCGAGCUACAGAGGGUGUGCCCGGAUCGCCUCUGGCGAUUUGUGGCUGUUGACGUUCCUUACGCGGAAUUCGUGUCGCAUCGAGAGGAAGUCAUCCAAUUAAUGAAGCCGCAUAAUACAGAGAUGGACCUCUCCAUUGCCUGUGCGCUAUACUUUGCAUCAAGAGGGCAAGGAACCAUCCACACUACACAUGAUCACACCGCAGCAUACACCACGACGGCACGAGUCUUACUCUCCGGUCUAGGAGCAGAUGAACUCUUCGCAGGCUACGGGCGUCACGGCGUAAGUUUUACUCGCAACGGAUUCCAAGGUCUAAUCAACGAGAUCGAUUUGGACGUUGGUCGACUCGGCAAGCGGAAUCUUGGCCGCGAUGACCGGGUGAUUUCGAACUGGGGACGAGAAGCACGCUUUCCAUAUCUCGACGAAGAGUUUGUAUCAUGGACGACUCAAACCCCAGUCUGGGAACGCUGCGGCUUUGGUACAGCAGAAAUAGUCGAUACUGAGAUCAACGAGCUGGAUCAAUUAACCGAAUCACUUGAUCCUGAGAAGAAAUCUCUCCGUCUCCUCGCUCUCAAACUUGGCAUGGUCCAAACAGCCCGCGAGAAGAAGCGCGCGAUACAAUUCGGCUCAAGGACAGCUAAGAUGGAGAGCGGCAAGAGCAAAGGGACGCAAUUAAUCUAA